AUUGUCCGCUCUGCUCGCAUGUGCGUAGUUAAGUACUUAUGUCUUCUGGUGACAAUGUGAUACUUGAUAGUAAGUUAAUUAAGUUACUUCUCGUAUAAAACUGAGUCUUCGUGUGCCGCUGCCUUUGGAUGGUACUAUCCGCAAUCAUGACCAUCGUAAAGAUCAACUUAACCUCAACCGCUUGGAAUUCACAAACCAAAUCUUACGCUGGCGCUGCUACUGAUGUCUUCCCGACCAAGGACCAAGCAAUGAUCAUCGAGGCGCAUGAAAGGUUAACACUGAAGGACAAUAGAGAAUCUCGUUACAGUAUCGAAACUUUUUAUCCCAAAGUGCUGCGUGAUGGCUGAGCAGAUUUCUUUUCUGGUGCAGAAGUCGAGUUUACGACUUGUUUGCAAGUGUUUGUUUUCUACGAACGUUGAGUGGGUUUGUUUGUUUUUCUAUAUUGUAUUUAUAAUACA